GCUGCUGUUGCUGCUGCGGCUGCGGCAAGGUGUUCGCCAUGGAACUGGUGCCGUGGAGGCUUCGCGAUCUGGGGCUCCUGGGGCUCCUGCUCGGCCUCAGCGCGGGCGCUGCCCUCGGCUGGCCCAGAGAGGAGGGCAAGGAAGUAUGGGACUAUGUGACCGUGCGAAAGGACGCCCACAUGUUCUGGUGGCUCUAUUAUGCCACCAACCCCUGCAAGAAUUUCUCGGAACUGCCCCUGGUCAUGUGGCUUCAGUGCAUUUUAAUCUGGACGCUCUGCGGAGACCUGCUCAGCAUCACAGCAACACGCCAGCCUCCACUGACCCCACUCCAUGGCUGGCGGCUGUGCAUGAGGGGCAUGGGCCAGGUAAUCAAACCUGUGGAAGACGAGAAUGCUGCACCUGGACCAGCGACCAGCACUGCCUCCAGCAGCCUGACUGCACAGAUUGGAAGCCCAGAGGGAGGUCCAGGUGGUUCCAGCACUGGAUUUGGAAACUUUGAGGAAAUUGGGCCCCUGGACAGUGAUCUCAAGCCUCGAAAUACCACCUGGCUCCAGGCGGCCAGCCUCCUGUUUGUGGACAACCCCGUGGGCACCGGGUUCAGUUACGUCAACAAGAGUGACGCGUACACCAGAGACCUUGACAUGGUGGCCUCAGACAUGAUGGUUCUGCUGAAAACAUUCUUCGAUUGCCACACGGAGUUCCAGACAAUUCCCUUCUACAUUUUCUCAGAGUCCUAUGGAGGGAAAAUGGCUGCCGGCAUUGGUCUGCAGCUUAAUAAGGCCGUUCAGCAGGGGAGCAUCAAGUGCAACUUUGCCGGGGUGGCUUUGGGUGAUUCCUGGAUCUCACCUAUCGAUUCUGUGCUCUCCUGGGGACCUUACCUGUACAGCAUGUCUCUCCUGGAUGACCAGGGUCUGGCCGAGGUGACCACGGUGGCCGAGCAGGUCCUGGAUGCUGUCAACAGUCAGCGUUACAAGGAGGCCACGCAGCUGUGGGGGAAAGCAGAAAUGGUCAUUGAACAGAACACCGACGGGGUGAACUUCUACAACAUCUUAACGAAAAGCACCCCCAUGUUUGCCAAGCAGUCGAGCCUCGAGUUCACCCAGAGACACCUCGCUCCCCUCUACCAGCGCCACGUCAGAUACCUCCAACAGGACGCCUUGAGUCAGCUCAUGAAUGGCCCCAUCAGAAAGAAGCUCAAAAUUAUUCCCGAGGCAUGCUCCUGGGGAGGCCAGGCACCAAACGUCUUCACGAACAUGGAGGAAGACUUCAUGAAGCCGGCCAUCACCAUUGUGGACGAGUUGCUGGAAGCAGGCGUCAAUGUGACCGUGUAUAAUGGACAGCUGGACCUCAUCGUGGACACGAUGGGCCAGGAGUGUUGGAUGAGGAAACUCCAGUGGCCGGGACUGCCCGCGUUCAAUAAGCUGAAAUGGAAAGCCGUGUACAGCAACCCGGCAUCUUCUGAAACAUCUGCGUUUGUCAAGUCCUAUAAGAACCUGGCUUUCUACUGGAUUCUGCGAGCUGGGCACAUGGUUCCCUCCGACCAGGGGGACAUGGCGCUGAAGAUGCUGCGGAUGGUGACUCAGCAGGAAUAGUGCGCUCUGGCCCGGAGAGGAGGGAGCCGCACUGAGGACCCUGGCAGUCUUUGGUCCCACCCUGGGCUUCUCUGAGCCUGACCUUGCCUCGUGAUUGUGAAGGCCCUGCCAGCCUCUCGCCGUGGAGGGCAAAAGUGCCUGUCGCCUGCAGAGCAACUUGGAUAUCAUUUCUGCUGCUUAGAAAACCUACGAUUUUUAAAAAUGAAUUUAUUUUCAGUAAAAUGGAGGGCUAUGAUAGAUUAACUUUUGUAUUACAAAAGCAAUCAUGCGAAUUGAAGACAAAGUGGGCAAUCGCCAGGUAAGCACAGAACGAAACGAACCCCUACCUUCCUUUCCCCGGGGGAGCCGUGCUGCCCCUCCCUGUGGAACCCCACAGAUGGUCUUGCUGCGUAUGCACAUGUAUUUUUUACCGAAACAAAAUCAUUCUUGUAUCUCAUUUAGCCAUCGACUUUGUGCCUCUGCCAAGAUGUCCCAAAUACCGUUUCAUGUCAAUAAAUAUUCUUCUGUAACAUUUUA